GCAGCAAACUAUUAAACCAGCCUUCACCAAUUGCGAAUUGACUCGAAAGUCAUACUUACUAUAUCAACGUGCGUGAGAACAUUAAAAUCAUCUCAUCCUUAUUCUUCAAGUUUUUGUAUAAUUGUACAUUACUGACAAGCCAUCUGUUGUACCUUGUUACACGACACUAGCAAGAAUGUUCUCCAAAGCCAUCGCAGCCCUCGCCCUCGCGGCACCUCUUGUCUCAGCCCAAACAUUCACAAAGUGUAACCCCAUGACAGCCACAUGUCCUGCCGACCCUGCUUUUGGAAGAGAUACUGUUCACUGUGACUUUACAAAGGGCGCUUGUGAAGCUUUUGCAGAGGAUGCCGGCACUGCGCUUGAGCACAACGAAAAUGGUGCUGUCUUUACAAUUUCAGGUCCCAACCAGGCUCCUACAAUUGCGACGGGCAAGUACAUCUUUUUUGGCCGCGUGGAUGUUGAGGUGCAGGCCUCUACGGGUGUAGGCAUCUGCACUAGUGCUGUUCUUCAGUCUGAUAACCUUGACGAGAUUGACUGGGAAUGGUUGGGCGGCGACAACGCACAGGUUCAGUCAAAUUACUUUAGCAAGGGUGACGUUUCAACAUAUGAUCGUGGUGAAUUCCAUCCCGUCGCAAACCCAACAGGCCAAUUCCAUCUCUACUCCAUCGAGUGGACACCCGCCGCCAUCAACUGGCUGAUCGACGACGUUGUCGUCCGAACUCUGCCCUAUACCGAUGCCACGGGCCCCAAUGGCUAUCCCCAAACCCCCAUGCAGAUCAAGCUCGGAACAUGGACCGCUGGUUCUCCCGAUGCUGCUCCUGGUACCAUCGCCUGGGCCGGUGGUCUGGCCGACUACUCCCAGGGCCCCUUCAACGCUUACUACAAGAGCAUCUCCAUUGUCGACUACGCAGGUACCGAUGCCCCCACCACUAGUAGCGUGCGAGAGUACCUUUUUGGCGAUCAUUCUGGAUCUUGGAAGAGCAUUCAGCAGAUCAAGUAAGAUGUGGUGAUGAUUCAAAAUGCAUGAAAGAGAUAGGACUUUAAUGAGGGUUUAAUGAAAGAGGGGGAAUACCACGGUUUAUGAGCAUUGCAGCAUUUAAUAGACGAUAAAUAUAAUUACGAUCACUUCGACAA